CCUCAUCAGAAUACGUGAGGGGGAUGAGUGGAAGACAGCUUUCGUGACCCCUACUGGCCACUAUGAAUAUCUUGUCAUGCCGUAUGGACUUGUCAACGCCCCCUCCGUAUUCCAAGACUUCAUGCAUGAGGUGCUCCGGGAGUUCCUGCACAAGUCAGUUCUGGUCUACAUAGAUGACAUCUUGAUCUACUCCCGGAGCAUGGCCGACCAUCGCCAACACGUUGCGGAGGUCCUCCAACACCUGAGGGACUAUCAUCUGUUUCUCAAAGCCGAGAAGUGUACCUUCCAUCAGCCCUCAGUGCAGUUUUUGGGAUAUAAUAUCGAUCGCAGUGGCGUCCGCAUGGACGAGAGGAAGGUAACUGCUCUCAAAGACUGGCCCAUUCCCACAUCCGUGAAGGAGUUACAAAGGUUCCUGGGUUUUGCAAACUUUUACCGCAGAUUCAUCCAAGGUUACAGCUCCAUCACCAGUCCGCUUACAAGUCUCCUCAGGAAUAAGCCCAAGUCUCUGUCCUGGACUCCAGCCGCCACACAAGCUUUUGACACACUCAAGACAGCGUUUACAACCGCUCCCCUCCUGGCUCACCCUGAUCCAGAUCUCCCUUUCAUUGUCGAGGUAGAUGCCUCAACCACAGGAGUGGGAGUGGUCUUAUCCCAGCAGCAGGGGAACCCCGUAAGCUCCAUCCAUGUGCUGCCUUCUCCCGCAAACUCAACCUGGUGGAGGUCAACUAUGAUAUCGGUAACCAGGAGCUUCUUUCCAUCAAGCUCGCCCUGGAGGAGUGGAGGCAUUGGCUCGAGGGAGCCAAACACCCAUUCAUGGUUCUGACAGACCAUAAAAACCUGGAGUACUUACGGGACGCUAAAAGAUUGAAUCCCCGCCAUGCAAGAUGGGCUCUGUUCUUCACAAGAUUAAACUUUACCACCUCUUACCACCCUGGAUCAAAGAAUGUAAAAGCUGAUGCUCUGUCCCGCAUUCAUAGUCCUGAAGAAAGCACCAAUGACCCAGAGCCCAU